AUUGAGAAAGUGAGAUUGGAGACAGAGCAAAAAAGAGAGGAGCAGCAAAGAAGGAUGGAGGAGAUGGAGCGAACAAGAGAGGAAGCAGAAAUUGAAAUAAACAAAAAAAGGGAGAGGGAGAAACAUGAAGACCAGAGGCAAAAAGGACAGGAGAGACAAGAGGGAAGUGAGAAUUCAGGAAAAGAAGAGAAGGAGAAGAUGGAGAAGAAGGAGGAUGAGAAAGUCAAAGAGCCACAGACGAGAGACGAAAGGAACACAGAUAUGAUGCGGAAAAUUGAGGAGGAGACCUCCCAGCUGUGGAAGUCAAUGGGACUAUCCUUUGAAGACACUGAGGAUGGAUCAGAAGAAGACUGGAAUGAAAGUGAGGAGGCCAGUGUAGACCUAGACUUGCUCUUCCUGAAGGACAAUAGAACGACCGAAAUAGAUAGAGGAAAAGAAAGGAGAUUGGAAGAGGAGAACAAAUCAAGACAGCUAGAAGUGGAGAGACAGAGAGAAAUGAAAACUGUGAGACUGAAAGAAGAGGAGAGCAAGAGGAUAGCCAUGAUGGAAAAACUGAAAGAGGACGAAAGGAUGAAGAGAGGGAUGGAAGCAGAAAUGGAGAGAAAGGAACAGGAGGAGAGGCUAAGUGAAAAGGAAAGGGCCAACCUAAGAGAAGAGGAGAGAAAGAAAAAAGAGAUGCAAGAGAAGACAAGGAGAGAGCUGGAGCAGAUAACACAAAGAGAGAGGGAGGAGAAGGGGAAGAAAGCCAAAGUGGCCAAGAAAUUAAUCCAGGCACGUGACAGCGAUGACAUUGACGUAGAUAGCUUGAGUGAUGAAGAUAUGUGGAAGGAUAAGGAGCUCCCAAUGGACCAAAAGAAAAGGCAGACAAAAGACGAAAAGGAACAUGCAUGGCUACAGGAAGAACACAACAAAGAGAAGGAGGAUGAGAAUCCUUGUAACAGGGAUUGCAGUGACCCCAAGACUGUGACUAAUUCAAAUAGUUUGUGGAUGCAUAAGGCCAAGAGCCCAAAGCUGUCAGUCAGCAAUGCAUGGAAGAUCCAGCAAUAUGAUAAUACAGAGACUGAUAAUGUCAAACAAGGUCAUUCUGAGGCAGGCGACACACUUGUGACGACACUCAGUAAUGAUGAUAUGAAUACAUGGACCCAGCUGAAGGCAAAAACAGAUGAAGAGGAUGCAGAGAGAGAGAAACAGAGGCAGAUGGAGGAAAAGAGGAUGAGAGAGGUGGACAAUGGAGGAAAGAAAGAAGAGAGAACACAGAGAGAGAUGGUAGCACAGAAAGCAAACAAGACACCCAAGAUGAGCAGAGAGUUCGAAAUUGUCCAAAAGAUAGAGGAGGAAAGAAAGAAAGAAGAGAUGGAGAAAGCAGCACAGAAGGAGCAAAAAGAGGACGAGAGGAGAAAGAUAGAGAUUGAGGAGGAGAAAGCACGAGAGGAGGAGAUAAAAGUGAUGACGGAGCAGAUGGAGAGAACUAAAGCAGAGAUGUUGAGAAAGGAAAAGGAGGAGAGCCUGAGAGAAAAAGAAAGGGCCAAACUAAGAGAAGAGGUGAGAAAGAAAAAAGAGAUGGAGAAAGCAGCAGAGAAUGAGCAAAAAGAGGACGAGAGGAAAAAGGUAGAGAUUGAGAAGGAGAAAGCAAGAAAGGAGGAGAGAAAAGUGAGAGAAAGAGAGGAGAUGAGAAAGAUUGCAGAGGAGAUGAACAGGAGGUGGGAGGCUCUGCCAGGAGACAGCGAUGACAACGACGGAGCGACUGAAUCCGGUGCCUUGUGGAUGGAUGAGGUGGAGAAGAGGCGUCAAGUGGAGGUCAUAAACCCCCAAAACGAACCUCAGGAAGAGGGGGAGAGAGGACACACCCAGCCUGGAAGUGCCCAAGUAAACGUAGAGCAGAAAAAGAAAGGACGAUCUGUGUUGAAGUGGGUGAAGAAGAGACUGAGUUUUGGGACCACAAAAGUGAAACAGUGAUAUGGACACACAAAGACACAUAUGGACAAUGAAAGGGAAAGAAAGGAAUCACAGAUUCUCCAUAAAUGUGUCACAUCCUACAUAUCAUCUU